ACCAUAUCACUGUGAUAUCUGUGGUGCAUCCUUCUCUAGAGGUGAUGGUCUUACUGGACACAAAUGUACUCAUACAGGAGAGAAGCCAUAUCACUGUGAUAUCUGUGGCAAAUCAUUCACUGAUACUCGCAGCUUAACCAGGCAUAUCCGUAUUCAUACAGGGGAAAAACCAUAUCAGUGUGAUAUCUGUGGUAAAUCAUUCUCUGAAUCUGGUCACUUAAAUAAACACAAACGUACUCAUACAGGAGAAAAACCAUAUCAGUGUGAUAUCUGUACUAAAUCAUUCUCUACAAAUCAUUGUCUUAUUACACAUAGACGUAUUCAUACAGGAGAGAAGCCAUAUCACUGUGAUAUCUGUGGUAAAUCAUUCUCUAGAAAUUGUUAUCUCACUACACAUAGACGUAUUCAUACGGGUGAGAAGCCAUAUCACUGUGAUAUCUGCGGUAAAUUAUUUUCCGAAUCUGGUCAUUUAAACCAACACAAACGUACUCAUACAGGAGAAAAACCAUAUCACUGUGAUAUCUGUGGUAAAUCAUUUUGCCAAACUGGUCACUUGAGUCAACACAAACGUACUCAUACAGGAGAGAAACCAUAUCAGUGUGAUAUCUGUGAUAAAUCAUUCUCUAGAAAUGAUGGUCUCUGUAAACAUAAACGUAUCCAUACAGGAGAGAAGCCAUAUCACUGUGAUAUCUGUGGUAAAUCAUUUACACAAUCCAGUGGCCUUACUAGGCACACACGUAUUCAUACGGGAGAAAGGCCAUAUCACUGUGAUAUCUGUGGUAAUUUAUACUCUACAAAUACUCAACUGACUAUGCACAAACGUACUCAUACGGGAGAGAAGCCAUAUCGCUGUGAUAUCUGUGGUGAAUCAUUCUCCCAGUCUGGUGUUUUACAGAAACACAAACGUGUCCAUACAGGUGAGAAGCCAUAUCAGUGUAAUAUCUGUGGUAAAUCAUUUUCUCAAAGUGGUGGCUUAACUAAGCACACACGUACUCAUACGGGAGAAAAACCAUAUCGCUGUGAUAUCUGUGGUAAAUCAUUCUCUAGAAACGAAGGUCUCACUUGCCAUAAACGUACUCACACAGGUGAAAAACCAUAUCACUGUGAUAUUUGUGACAAAUCAUUCUCUGAAUCUGGUCAUUUGACUACACACAAACGUAUUCAUACAGGAGAGAAGCCAUAUCGCUGUGAUAUCUGUGGUAAAUCAUUCUCUGGAAGUAAUAAUCUCACAACACAUAGACGAAUUCAUACAGGUGAGAAGCCAUAUCACUGUGAUAUUUGUGGUAAAUCAUUUCAUGAAUCUGGUAUCCUAAAUAAACACAAACGUACUCAUACUGGAGAGAAGCCAUAUCAGUGUGAUAUCUGUGGUAAAUCGUUCUCUGAUAGUCGCAACUUAACCAGACAUAUCCGUAUUCAUACAGGUGAGAAGCCAUAUCAGUGUGAUAUCUGUAGUAAAUCAUUCUCUAGACAUAGUCAUUUAACUAAACACAAACGUAUCCAUACUGGAGAGAAGCCAUAUCACUGUGACACCUGUGGUAAAUCGUUCUCUGGAAGUAGUGACUUAGGUACACAUAAACGUAUCCAUACAGGUGAGAAACCAUAUCACUGUAGCGUUUGUGGUAAAUCCUUCGCGGGAAGCAGUAAUCUAAGUAAACAUAUACGUAUUCAUACAGGUGAGAGGCCAUAUGACUGUGAUAUCUGUGGUAAAUCUUUCUCUAGAUGUAGUAACUUAAUUAACCACAGACGUAUUCAUACAGGUGAGAAACCAUACCACUGCAAUAUCUGUAGCAAAUCUUUUACUUUGAAACGUAACCUAGUUACUCAUGCACGUGUUCAUACAGAAAAAUAACUUUGUAAAUAUCUAAAUUCAUUUCAACACAUGAUGACAACAAACCUUUGAAAACCAUUUUCUCUGCUAAAAUGGCAUUUAGCAUUUUGGACUUAGCCUUUGUCAGUAACCAUACUCUUCCUGGUUCCCUUUUUGAGACCAAGUUUUACAGUCAUUUACCUGUUGUGAGAUUAACUUCUUUAGUGUCCUUUAAAAACAUUCAGGGAUACACACAGUUUAACAUUGUUCUUCCUAUAAGAAAAAUAUAUAAAUGUAAAUAUAUCCACAUUCAAAAGAAUAUGUAACAGUGUGCGAUAAUUCUCCCCUAACACUAUUUUCUAUUAUAACCCUUUCAGGGUAAUGAUAUUAACAUUAGCUUAGAUUUAGUACAGUCUUAUUAUU